UAUUGCGCAGUUGGAAAAAUUACUGAGCAGGGACGCGGGACGUCGUCCACGAGAGGCAACUCGUGAGCGUUUACCGGCCAACGAGUUGGCUGAAUAACAAGGGGAUAUUAGAAAAGUGAAACAGAGAGAAAUAGAUAGAUAGACAAAACAUCCGAGCCAUGACGAACUCCGCGCCCAAGUUAGAUAACGCUAAGGUGGAUCGGCAGGCCUCACCGAAGGUCGGGUAUCAGUACCAGCACAACCAUCAUCAUAAUCGUUCCAACAGUAAAUCCUCGCCGUUCCUAUACAAAAACGGCCGCCACACGGUUAGAAAUGCUAAAGAUGGACGGCAAAGCUGCAGCCCGUACAACUCGUCGUCUAAGAGCGCGAGAAAUUCGCCACAACAGCAGCAGCAGCAGCAGCAUACACCGCAGCAGCAGCAGCAGCAGCUUACACCGCAGCAGCAGCAGCAACAACAACAACAACGUUGCGAGCAGCGCAGUCCGAGCAGUAGCCCGACCAACAACUUCUACGCGGGCGCCAAGUUCUCGGAAACACCAUCACCCGCGAGUGUGCCCAAACCGCCAAGUCAUUGGACGAGUAGAUUGAUGGACAGCUGCGGCCAAUCGGACAGCGCAAGCGAACACACGAAGCAAUUGCGUAUAGUGCUAAACGUCCAGGCCUGAUACCCAAAAACCAACGUAUAUACCAGCAACGCGCGAGGGGAGAAGCGGCGACCGUCAACAGCUCCGGAAGAAUCAGGUAUAAUAGGGAAUUAUCGUCGAUAAAAUCAUCGGCCGAAAAGACUGCGAGAAUAAGAGAGACGAUGAUACCGACGAUGAUGAGAAAAAAAUGUGAAGAUUAUGAUGACGACGAUGAUGGUGACACCGUGUACGGUUCAUAUACACACGGGUUUUCGAUUUUAUCGCGCGAGUGGAUACUCGUAAUCCGUUCUUUACUCUAAGAUACAUCCAGCAUACAAACUUCAAAUCGUAUUAUAUAUAAACUAUGCACCGCGGGGGGGGGGGAGAGGGCUGAUGACGCGAUGCAUCGGUGCGUCCCGAUGCCGCGAUCGAUGUGUGCGCGCGAGAGAUACAUUAUAUAUGUAUAUAUAUGCGUUCUGGAACUCCCAUCACGCGCCAUCAUUGUGACAAAAUGUAAGUAAUACUGUAUUUUAGAUUAUCGUAUACCGCUAAACUUACAAAAAGGAACACAAGGAGAGCCCCACGUACAUACAUAUAUAUAUUAUCUAUAACAUCCGACACACACAGAAAGAAAGAGUACAUCCUCAGUCUGACGAGACGACAGGCGCGGACGAGCGGAGUUACGCUUCGCGACUUUUUGUCAAACGAUGGACUUCAAUAUCGACGCGUUGAAAAAAAAAAAAAAAAAGAAGCGUCCGAUGAUUUUUUUCGUGACCGCUUUUUCCAAAGCGACUUUUGAAAGCUCGCGCUUCAUGCCGUUCUCGAGACAACAACCCGGUGUUCGAAUACGCGUUUUUAUUAUCCCCUCGUGCUCUAAUCGUCGACAUUAGAGACAAAGAUCCGUAGCACGGAGAUGCUGGACAAGCAAUUAUUUAAUAGCCGCCCGACUAAUGAUCGUUAUCAGUAUACUUCUUUAUUAACAGUUUCUUUCGCGAGCUUUAUCAUUUUGGUAUUAUGGAUUGUAAAAAGACAUGGCUUCGUAUAAGAGAUUUAUUUCAUGCAGCUUUUUUUUUUUAAUUUCCGUUUACUUUUCUUUUUCAUUUUUUUUUUGUUGGGAAUAUUUUUAUUUUCUUGCUAUUCUGCUACUCUCUGCCAAUAGUUACUCUUUACGUGAGAUAGGUGUAUAAGGUUUCGAGUUUCUUAGUGCGUGUUACGCGAGUGGGUUAAUUGAACGUGACCGACAUAAGAAGGAAGGUGAUCGAGAGAAAUUUGAAUGAGAGAGGCGAGGGUGGAACGGAUGCUUUGUUCGCUUCGCGAAUGCAUCAUGAUGAUCAUCAUAAUGUAUUUGCGGAAAAUUCGACCACUUUUCUCGUGCUCUCGAUUUUCGGCAUGUUUCAACAAAAUUAAUUAAUUGCAUGUAAUGUAAAUUUAAGAUUUAUUUUUACAAUAACACAAAGAUAGAGAAAGAAAGAGUGAAGAUUUGACAGAUUUUUCCGUUGCAAACGGAGUGAUCACUAAUUUAUAAUCUUUCUUAUCUCGAUUCAUAAGAUUUCAAUCUAUGCUCAUUGAGCAUCGCGAUGACUGUUGUUAUAUUUGAAAAAUUCAAGUACUAACUAUUCCAAUGCUUUAUUUAGAUGUGGAUAUCGAGGACAAAGACUUUUAAGAGGGAAAAGAACAUUAACGUCGUGACUGUCAUGAUUUAAGUAACACCGGAUUGUUUCUUCUUAGAACGCAAUCGUAGCCGUAAGAGACAGGAUGAUGACAUUUAAAGGGUAGUACGCGGCUGCGUCCCUAAGGGACCGAGAUUAAUAAGUAAAAGUAUUAAAAACAGGAACAGCCGUUAAUGGUAACUUAACCCGUCCUUGAAGAGUUGUCCUUCGUGCGAGUUUCUUGAGAUCGUUUUUUGUGCUAACAGGUAUAGGAAGAAGGGUAGUCUGAACUUUUUCGUUGUUUACAAUGCUUUACGGGCGCAAUUGUCAUAUCAAACUCGCACCACACUUCUAUCUAUAUACUGGACACAGUAAACGGACUUAAUAUAUAAUAUGGUAACGAUAACAAUAAUAUUUAAGGGUAAAUAAAUAACAAUGGUAGUAGUAAGCUAAGGCCUUAAUGAUAUAAUAGUGUGGAGAAUACAAUCGAUUUGACAUUGCACAAUCAAAUCGAUAGUGUGGUUUCGCCAGUUUAGAUUUAGAUUUGCAAACUUUAAAA